UACCACAAAGCUCUCAAGCUUUAGAAUACGUAUGAACUUUAUAAAUAUAUAUUUAUUAAAUAUCAUCGAUUUGAGAACUUUUUGUUGAUAACAACCAACAAAUUUGUGGUUUUCUAAACCAAUUGGUUUCCUUGUUUGCUGUUUUUUUAUUUUGUCCUUCUUUGUACUUUGGCUUCCCUCAUCUCUAUCCUUUUAAAAGAUUUUCCAUGCUUGUCAGUUUGCUCCUAUGAAUUACAUUCCAUUAUUUCGAAAUAUUAAUUGCGAAAAAACACAAAUAUGAUAAGGUUCUCCACAUAAUAAUUAUGGUCAAUCUCUCUGUUGAUUUUUUUUCUACAAUACAAACAAAAUAUAUUUCGGUACUAUUUCUAUUAAGAAGCUGAAAGUGGUCCAUUUUGCAGCAUUAAAUUCUGAGCCAACAUUGAUUUGUUGACUGGUUUGAACUGAUCAAGUCCGGAACAAACCUUUUCUAAAUGGACCUGCUGUGAUUGCAGUAAUACAUCUUCGGAAUCUAACUAGACGUAAAAAAGUACAAUUAUGAUAAUGUUCAUAUUUGUAAAACAUAACAAAUAUCUGGUAUCUUCGACAAGUUAGUUGUAAGUUCCAAUAUUAUUUUUCAAUUUAUUUUUCUAUCGCACUUCAACAUGAAUUUCCCAUCAUUUUUCUGUCCUUAUUCGACAUUUCAUUCUUCUCAAAAAAUUCAUUCUCUCUUUGAAGUCAAUCCUAAAGUCAGAAUGAGGCUGUUGCUGUUUUCGACACCUUGGCUUUUUUUAACUUUAAGUAAGCAGGAAUGAUCUCGUGUAUUUUCCAUUUCCUCUGCUGUCGAAGAGGCUUGUCAUUAAUGUUCUUAUCCCAUUAUUGCGGGAUUGAUCGCCGAAUAAAUUUUCAUGAACAAAGGUGAUCUUAGAAUGAUCUAUCAUCAUGGCCUAGGCCGAUUAGCUUUUAUAUUAUAAACCGUAGCCAAUGCUAAAUACCUUUAUGGUUGCUUUAAUAAAAACAGUACAUUUAAAGCGACACGUAAAGUCUGUUAUUUUGCUUAGAAAUUGUAACUUUUGAAUAUGAUUUCUAAUUCUAUCCAACAAUUGAGGAUCUAGCCAGAAUAUAGAUAAAACGUCGUGUACCGAGUUCAUGUGUAAAAAUUCCAGCAAAAAAUUUCUAUUUGCAUUUUCCCCCACAUUUUUUUGGUUAAAUGUUAAAGCGAAAAUUUGGACAGCUAUUCGAUAUUUUGAAGAAUAUUUGCAUACUACUCCCAAUCUACUAAUAUUUUGCUGUUUUGAUGUGAAAAGAGAUAAUUUCACAAAUUUAGGUAGGAUUCAAAUCGAAAAGUAUCCAAAUCGAAAACUUCUCAUGCUGAGUCCUUCGAUGCUUGUAUAUAGCCGAAUUUUGCAGCUUUCAUCUGUUCUCACUUUGAAGGCAACAACUUUUUCUUUUCUUUCAUUUCCUAAAUUUAUCAUUUCCUUCGUUUAAAUUUUUUAUCACCUUGCCCACACGGUUUGAAACGUUAGCAAUCAACGAAGGAGGUAGAACUACCCACGACUUCUGCAAAAAAUCAUAACAAUUGAUUAUAUUAUCAGGUUCAUAGACAUAAAAACAAAACAACUGCAAUCUUUAACUCAGCUCACAAGGCUCAUACUAUUUAGGGAGCCUUAGUAUAAUUAAUACCUUAAGGUUUUUCAACACAGCUUUACGAUGUUGGACGGAACAGUCCUUAAAUAUUGCCGAUGCGUCUUUAGAACAGACCCGCAAGGAAAAUUGUUCAAGAGAUAAAGAAAUAUGUAUAAAUCCUUUUUCUUUUGAAAAAAUGUUCAGUUAAUGAAACUGGAUAAGCCACGUAUUACAACUGAAUUUUGUGCCUAUUAAGUUAAUCUGACUUUGACUCGAAAGGAGAGGAUAAUGUAUCUGGUUACAUGAAGUAGCUGCAGGUUACAGGCAGUGGUACAAAAUAAUUGGCUGAGUUUUGACGUCAUCAAAAUCUGUUUCAGAAUUUUCAAUUCAAUAGAAUACAUCCGAAUUCGCAAAAUAAUUUAAAUAUGUUGCUAAUUGACUGAGAUAUGAUCAGUUGAAGGCCUGAGUUGUACUAAUCGAUUGCGGUUAUUUUGGCCUGGUUCGUGGAUUUAAAAACCAAGACCAAAUGACAGGGAUUUGACAGGGAGAGAGCCAGUGCUCAUUUGCUUAUAUCUUUGUCUAUUUCGGUUAGAUUGAACUGCUUUUUCACAGUAUGGACUAGUACGAUUCAAAAAUGCUAAAGAUGUAUUUUCAUGUCGUCAUUACGUGGUAACGGUAUUGCUGUGAGAAGGAGCUCAUAAAAUAGUUAACUUUGGUAGUUAAACUCUUCAAGGAUCAGAAACGAGUCAUUGCAAAAACCGUGUCUAUGACUCGCGGCCAGGAAAGGAGGAACACAACAAUCCUACUUAUUGUUGUAAACAUGCAAACACUUGGGGUAGAAAAGUUUGUUAGCCACGUGUUUCUAUUGAUUGCUAAAUCUGAAAUAAGUAAAAAAUACUGUCAACAAUGGCAUGCUGUUUCCUAUCGCCAUGUUCCCUUCUUUUGAGUUUUUGGCAGAAUUGAAGCGGUGGUGUGCUUGAAGCUCUCAAAUAUCGUUUGCCUGAUGAUGUUUCGGUUCGCAUGUAUGACGUCAUUCUGUUUAUACAUACAAGCUUGCUCAUCUUUGAUUUUGGACCCAGGAUCAAUAGUUUCGUUUUGUUAAGGAUUAUGUGUAGUUAAUAAAUUUGUCUGAUUAAACCUUUACUGUAUCUCCAUGCUGUUAUUUUGUUUUUAUUUAAGGCCACUAAAUUUUUGAACGAGGAUUCUAACAGUGUCUUAAUAAAGCUCUCAGUUAAUUUCUUUAUGACUCUAAUUCGUUUUGUGGACUGAAGAAAUAAUUUAAAAAAAACGUAACAAAGGCAAGUUACAAAGUUGUUAGUGUUUACUGCGGACAAAUAUCGUCUUGCUGAUGUGGUUAUGAAGGAGCACCACGUGAUUAUUGUAGUUGCUCACGUGUCAGAAGAGUGUAUGAAGAAUGGUAAAUAGUAUUUAGCUGCCAUGAGAACCGUGUUUGACGAAUUGUCGGUUAAAUCUGUGAAAUGUUUGUUUAAGAGCAGCAAGUUGCUGGCUGUCCUUCGCUUGGUCGAGACACGUUGUUUUCGAUGGAAACUAAUUGCACGUUGUUGCUGUAUCUGGUCGUUAAUUCGCUGAUUGAGAUAUCGGGCUGAAUCACUUUUCUGGUCACAGCUUUCAAAUGGUGUUUGAUUUAUUCGCAUAUGAAAUAACCAUCUCGAAGUUUAUUUACUUUUACGACCAGUCUCAAGAUCGCAUGUCAAGAUACCUUGUGUUGACAGGAGAGUUCUUGGGAAAGUUAAAUCGUGCUAUUUAACCUCGAAAUAUAAGAUAUUGAAGAGAGAUCAAGGAUUACAAGAACAGCAUACUGCUCCCUUACACUUUGAGAUAGCUAAACCGUUCAAAUCAACAUUCAAGUCAAUCCACUCUAAAGAAUCUGCCUUGUGAUGGAAAGCCAUCUGCUGCGUCGUUUGGAAAGCCGUCUGCUAGGCCGCUUUUGCGUAUUGUCCAUAGUUUAGUCUCCCAUUGCAAGCAAUAUUGUUUUUCUGUGGCCCACAUUGACCAUGAAGAAGCGAUUGGUGGACUUCAUAAUUCAUUGCCUAGUUUACUUGUUUGCAAUUACUUUAUUUGCUAAUAACUGCAACGCCUUAAAAAAUAUAACGAUAGGAUUAUUCGUACCAUGGACAGGAUGGCCGGUUGGAAACAGACUUGCCUCUGCAGCGCCCAUUGCCAUAGAUCGGAUUAAUGCAGACCCGAACAUCCUGAAAGGGUAUAAAAUCAAUUUUGAAUGGAAAGACUGCGGGUGUAAUAAAGUGAUGGCUGCUGGCGGAACUGUAGAGUUUAUCAAAACUAAUUUUUCUGUUAUUAUUGGACCAUAUUGUAGCAAGAGCUGCGUCCCCAGCGGUUUAAUUGCGGCUUUUUAUAAAGUACCCAUGAUAACGUAUAGCUGUUCAACCACAGAAUUGAGUAACAAAAAAGAGUACCCCACUACCGCGCGGACAUUGUCAUAUGCACGCACGGACGAAAAGAUUCUUAUAAGCAAUACUUUAAUGUUGAUGAAGAAAUUCAAUUGGGAGAUUUUUACGCUGAUAACAGAGAUUAGUGAGCCAUGGUUGUCCAUCUCGAAGUCGUUUCUAAAGCAGAAAUCGUUAAGCAACGAUAUCACGGAUGUCAAUGAAGUCACCUAUAAUCCGCAACUUCUUGAUGGAGACGAUAAUUAUACUGACCCUCGAGAGGUAGAAAACAGAAAGUACCGUAAAGGAAUCUUGCAGAAGGCCGCUGAAACCGGUAGAAUUUUCCUGUUUCUUGGAUAUUACAGCAAAGUAAGGAAACUAAUUCUUGCUGCAAGGCAGUUGGGAAUGUUCAACGGUAGUUUCGCCUUUAUAACCGUGGAUUUCGAUGUCGAAGACAAAUGGGUGAACGAAAGUUGGUUCAGAGACGACAACGGCAGGCGCUAUACGAUAUCCGAGGUAUAUGAUUCGUUUCUUGAUCUCAGUGCUGAAAAACCGGACUUGGAAAAUAAGCACAAAAAUUUUAGUGAAGAGGUCAGAAGGCGAAUGGCAGAUCCUCCAUUCAACAGUCCUAUGAAGCAAUCAGAAAAGGUUGACCCGGCGUCUGCCUAUCUGUAUGAUACAAUCUAUUUGUACGCUCGUGCUUAUAACAAUACGAUAUCUCAAGGCAAAGAUCCAACGAACACCACUAAUUUAAUGAGCAAUAUCUUUGGAAGUACUUUUGAAAAUGGUUAUUCGGGGAACGUUCGACUUGACCAGAACGGAGAUCGGAUACCGAUCCUUCAGCUUCGGAAAUUUGUCGAAGGGAAAGGAGAGAAUAUUCAUAUAUUCACUCCAAAUUCCAAUCUUAACACUUCCUUGAAUGUCAAAUGGCCUGGUGGCGUAACGAAGCCGCCGAAAGACCGGCCUCCUUGCGGUUUUGAUGGGAAAUUGUGUCAAACCGAAUCGAAUAACAGCUUGCUCCUUGCUGGUGUCCUCGUUGGUGUUCUUCUAAUCCUUGGUGCAUUCUUGCUGUACAUGUGGUACAAGAGACGCAAGUUUGAGAGAGAUUUGCUGUGUGACGGAUUCUUUGUGAAUUAUGACGAAAUAAUUAACCAUUCUGUGUACAAUGCAAAAUCUGGUUCUAUGUUUGCUUCCAAACACGCUGACAAAUCAAAUAAAUCGCUUUCGAAUGCAAAUGAUGAAACAAAGCCGUUUAACGAAACAUACUCUGUUCCGAGUGAGACAGAGAGCAUGCUCGAAAGGAGUCAGUUUGUUGCAAGAUACCAGGGAAAACAAGUAGUUAUAAAAAGACUUAACAAGACCACAGUUCACCGGAAUAGAGAAAUGCUUUUGGAGUUCAAAAUGGUGAGAGACCUGAGAAGUGUAAAUAUCAAUCCGAUUGUUGGUGUUUGUGUACAGUAUCCAAAUAUUUGUAUUUUGACGCAGUAUUGCCAAAAAAGCAGUCUACAGGAUAUCCUUCAAAACGAUGACAUCAAACUGGAUAUGAUGUUUAAGCUUUCUUUAGCUGCUGAUAUUGCUGCGGGUAUGUUGGAGUUGCACCGAAGUCCGAUUGGCGCGCAUGGCCGCUUAACGUCUAACAACUGUGUCAUCGACAACCGAUGGGUUUGCAAAAUUACUGACUACGGCCUCGAUAAAUUCAAAGCUAAUGCUAAAGAAGACAAUUCGGAGUACCAGCAAUAUAGAAAACUUCUUUGGGUAGCACCGGAGCUGCUAGCCCGGUCGGAGCGCAAAACCAAACCGGGUGAUGUCUACAGUUAUGGUAUAAUUCUGUCCGAAAUUAUGACACGUGAAGAUCCGUACGCGGAAUUGCAGAUGGACCCUAAAGAUAUCGUUCAGUUAGUCAGCGAAUCAAAGGAAACGCCCAUACGGCCGCGAAUACCAAAUAACGACUGUGACGUGAGGUACAUCAAGUUGAUGCAGACAUGUUGGGAUGAAAGUCCGCUACAACGACCGACUUUUGAGGCUGUAAAAGGAAAGAUAAGGCAAAUUCAUGGCGGAAAGCAAGGAAAUCUAGUUGACAACAUGGUUGGAAUGCUUGAAAAAUAUGCAAAUAAUCUUGAAGACCUGGUUGAAGAAAGAACGCAACAGCUUGCUGCAGAAAAGCAAAAAACAGACGAAUUACUGUACAAAAUGUUACCAAAAUCGAUAGCUGAGCAACUGAAGCAAGGACAUUCAGUUACUGCAGAAAGUUUCGAGUCUGUCACGAUUUUCUUUAGUGAUAUUGUUGGGUUCACUAGCUUGGCCUCAAAAAGUACACCAAUGCAGGUCGUUGAUAUGUUGAAUGAUCUUUACACGUGUUUCGAUCGAGUCGUGGAUGUUCAUGAUGUAUACAAGGUUGAAACAAUAGGCGAUGCUUACAUGGUUGUGUCGGGACUGCCCCAGAGAAACGGCAAUAAGCACGCAGGAGAGAUUGCAACAAUGUCCCUAGACCUGCUUCAUUGCAUCAAAACGUUCAGAAUAAAGCAUUUUCCAGAGGUACAACUACAAUUGAGAAUUGGAAUUCACACAGGUCCGGCAGUGGCUGGUGUUGUUGGUUUGAAAAUGCCCCGUUACUGUCUGUUUGGUGACACUGUUAACUAUGCAUCUCGUAUGGAAUCCAGUGGCCUCGCGCUUAGAGUUCACGUGAGCCCUGAAUGCAAAACUAUCUUGGAUGAAUUAGGAAGUUACGCUCUUGUCGAAAGAGGUCCUGUUACAAUGAAGGUAUGUUGUUUUUAUCAGCUGCGUACGAACUGCGCUGGUAUACCCUAAGGGUCUUGGUAUACCACACUUGUAGUGUGGAGGCAGUUAUACCUC